AUGGGUAAAAAAUACUUCGGCUUUCGAGGCAGGCAGCUGAACCUCGCCAUCAGUUCCCUCGGCAGUCUAGAUUUCCUGCUAUUUGGUUACGACCAAGGUAUUACUGGUGGUCUGCUAGAUCUCCCCGCGUUCACUCGCCAUUUCCCUACCAUCAACCCCCUUGAGGAGGGUCUUUCAGAUGCCGUGAAAUCAGAGCGUUCUGCCAACCAGGGUAUCGCUGUCGCAGCGUACAAUCUGGGAUGCUUCCUCGGUUCAAUCAUUUGCAUCUUCAUCGGAAACUACCUUGGCCGACGGCGCACAAUCAUGACCGGAUGCACGAUCAUGACAAUUGGAGCCACGCUCAUGUCCAGUUCUUACCACCUCGAGCAAUUCAUCAUUGGCCGAAUUAUCACCGGUAUUGGAAAUGGUAUCAAUACUAGUACCGUUCCUACCUGGCAAUCUGAGUCGGCAAAGUCGCACGACCGUGGAAAGCUGGUCAUGAUUGAAGGUUCCCUGAUUACGGGCGGUAUUUGCCUGAGCUACUGGAUUAACUAUGGCUUCGCAUGGAUUGGCGAGAAGGAAGUCGCAUGGCGAUUCCCAUUGGCUUUCCAGAUUCUCUUCGCUGUUGUCAUCUUCACAUCCAUCAAGAACCUCCCCGAGUCUCCUCGAUGGCUGGCCAUGCAGGGCCGGGACGACGAAGCUCUGGAGGUUCUCGAGGCCUUGAAUGAGAAGACUCGUGAAGACCCUUAUAUCCAGAACGAGUUCAAGGCUAUCAAGGCAACCGUCGAGGAGAUGUCUCACGGCUCUUUCCGUAGUCUGUUCGACAUGACAGAGUACCGCGAGUUCCACCGUGUUGUCCUUGCCUACGUCAACCAGAUGUUCCAACAGAUUUCCGGAAUCAACCUCAUUACCUACUACGCCCCUUCUCUCUAUGCUCAGAUCGGUCUUGAGGGUGACAACUUGCCUAAGCUCCUCGCUGCCGCCAACGGAACGGAGUAUCUACUUGCUUCUCUGCUCCCUAUUUUCAUCAUUGAAAAAGUUGGUCGCCGUAAGCUCAUGCUUCUCGGUGCCGCCGGUAUGGCAAUUUCCAUGGGCGUGCUUGCUGGUACCAACUACCGUGUCAUUACUUUCGACGAUAAGGCCGCUGGCAUCUGCCAGGCUGUCUUCCUGUUUGUCUUCAACACCUUCUUCGCUUUUGGUUGGUUGGGAAUGACCUGGCUGUACCCUGCCGAGAUCGUGCCCCUUCGUAUUCGUGCACCCACAAAUGCGCUGUCGACCAGUGGUAACUGGAUCUUCAACUUCAUGGUUGUGAUGAUCACUCCCGUCGCAUUCGACAGCAUUCAAUACAAGACAUAUAUUAUCUUCGCUGUCAUCAACGCGUUCAUGUUCCCAUGCGUCUACUUCUUCUUCCCUGAAACCCGUCUCCGCUCCCUCGAGGAAAUGGACGACAUCUUCAAGAAGAGUACCAGCGUGUUCGACUGUGUCAAGAUCUCGCUCAACGAGCCCUUCCGGUACAACGAAAAGGGUGAGCUCAAGGCCGAGUACCUCGAGCAUGCCGUACACCGCGAGAACAUUUUUGAGAACUCGGAGUCUGGCGGAGAGAAGAGGAGCGAUAGCGAUCAGGCCAACUGA